UUUGUACUACUUCUCUCUAGUUCAUUCUCAGGUCUUCAAUUAGAUAUCUUUGUACUACUUCUCUAGUUCAUUCUCAGGUCUUCAAUUAGAUAUCUUCAUUCUGUUCGCGUGUAGCAAUGAAACUCCAGGAGCGAAAGUUGGAAUUUUAUUUUCAAAACAUUAUCAAUAUGGUAGUUAUAAAGAUGAAAUAACAUUUUCGAAAACAAUUGAAGACCUUGCAACAUUAAAAUGAUUGAGAGGCAGUUUUCCAAAUAAUUCAAAAAAUUUAUUUUAACUACUAGUUAUGUGAUUUCAGGUAAAUUAGGAAUGUACAAAAUGUUUAUUUGAUAACAUCUCAGUUGAAUUAGGUACUAGUAAUGUUUUUAAAAAAUGUUGAUAACUUAUCAACUGAAAGAUCAAACUGGUUGGAGUGCACGCUCGAUCAAUGAGAUAUAUCAAGUGUAUUGUGACAGAAAUAAAGAAAAAAAGAAGCGUAUGUUGGGCAGGUACCUCGAAAACAUGGCAGAGAACAGAGGAGCAAAAAUUGUAUACAGGAAAAAACCUAAGGCAGUGACUCAAUGCAAACCCCAAAUAUUAUGGACUGAUGUUAUGGCGGCAAAUCUACAACAGCUUGGAGUUCGGGCGUGGAGACCAAAGUCCAGGAAAGAUCUGAAUGGAGGGAUGACAAAGUCCAGGAGAGAUCUGAAUGGAGGGAUGUCAAUGCCCAGGAGAGAUCUGAAUGGAGAGAUGUGUUGAGGCAGGUCACAGCCCUCUAUCGGCUUUAGCACCACUGGCAUGGAUGGAUGGAUAUCAGCUGAAUAAGGCACUAUGGAUGUUCAAUGAUGUUUAUUUGAAAGUCAGCCCUUUUAUUUCACAAAGAAAUUUAAAGAGUGCUUUGUUUGUGACGGUACUCAACCGGUUAGGCAUACCGGCACCUUUUUAAAUGUGGGGAAAAAUUAUUAUUUUUCUUGUAUUUUAACGUUUAUUGUUAAUUUAUUAGUUUGUCAAUCCAUCAUUGAGUACCGGCACCUAGUCUUUUACAAAAAAAAAUGCAUUUGAUAUGUGCGUUUCUUUCUAAAUUCUUGAAUUUUCACUAAUCAAUAAAUAACCUAUGUUAGCUUCUCAAGUUCGUAAUAUAUUGUUUUAAAUGUCAGAUGACAAAUAAAUUUAGUAUUUCUUAUCCCCGAGUACGUAACAAUACAUAUUAAGGAGGGUUAGCCGUAGUACAGUGUUUAUCCAAUUUACACAUUUUACAGAGCCAUUCAAGUUUCUUUAUAUUUGGCCAGUUCAAGUGUGUUGUUGUUAAUGAACCCGCCAGCUUAACUGUUUCAAUGAAGAAACAAAAUAAACAUUUAUCUAGGAGCUCGAGGAGAACACAACAGUGGGAAGUGUUUCAUUUGGUCCCAGCUGCAACCAUUAGGAUAUACAUAUACAUUUACAAAGGACAAAAGCUGAAACUACAGAAACUUGUUUGUUUUCAUUAUGUUACAGAAAAUUGGUUUCCAAUUCUUGUCUUAGAAUUGCCUAAAUAAGCACACACACGCACAUCUACCUUCCAAAAGUUCGAUCACACAAGUGUCGCAGCUGAUCUUCGUAUGAAUUCUGCUUCUGCCUGUAUGACCACCACUAGCACUGAAUGGAGACGAAGACUUUUGCUGUUAGCUUGCUGGCUCUGUACCUUGUGUGUUUGGUGUCUGGUGGAGAGGAAACGUUGCAACCAUCAAGAAGUAUCUACAGAAGACCUGGUCAGUUUCGUCUGUCCAGUUCGUCCCAGAAAACUUCGUUCACCGAAGAGGAGCAGAGUAAACUUUUGAACCUUCACAAUGCUUAUAGAAGUUUGGUGUUUCCACAAGCAAUGAACAUGAGAGAACUGAUAUGGGACAAAGACCUGGAAGAGUUUGCCAGGGUCCAUGUUCAGAACUGUACAGGGGCACACAGUCAUAGGUCGAUGGUGAAAAAGUGGAAACCAAAUGAACCAGGCUCUUGGAAGGAAUGGAACUAUAUGGGCGAAGUUCUCUACUACAGAUACAGUCAUUGGUACAGUAUUGAAGAAGCUAUGUGGAUGUGGUGGUCAGAAGGUAAGGAUUACAACAUUACGACCAACACUUGUGUCAAGGGAAACGAAUGUGGACAUUAUCUAGUUAUGACAACUGCUGCCAACUCCAGAGUAGGCUGCUCCAUCAAUGUUUGUCAAAUAUUCAGUGUAAGCAAAUACCAAACUCCAGCUACAUUCAUGGCCUGUGUCUAUGAUGCUCCGUACUUCCACACUGACAGGCCGUACAAAGUAGGAGACGUCUGCUCGGAAUACACCACACAAAAACAAGGUUAUCACUUCCAGUAUUGUCGUCACCAACUCUGCAUUGGACCAGACCAAAGAGUAAACAACCUGGGUUUUAGCGGCAACACAUCAGUAACAGGAAUAUAGAAAGUAGAACAAGGCUCAAUCUGUUCAAUCUACAGGACUCAAGACUGUUGCACACUUAAAUAGAACUCAAACGUUAUUGUUAACCAGUU